AAUUCGGUGUUUCAAAUGGCACGGCCAGGUUCACAAUGUCUUGGUACGAGCUUACACUGCGAGUUUAGCCCGAAAAAAAAUGUAAGGGAUGAAAUAGGUAAAAAACGGGUUUGUGUCAAGACAGUUGUCUGUUUGUUCAGUUGUUGUGACUCCGCUGAACAGUCAUCUGGAAUUAAAAAACACAGCAGACACAGUAAUUUUCGAUGAAUCAGUUGCAGAAUGGUGCAUGGCAUUGUCAACAAAAGGGACAUCAGUAGACGAUAUUACCAUUUAUAUUAAAGUCACCUUCAUUAUUUUUUUGGAAGCUCGAUGUUUGCAUAAUUACAGUUGCUAUCACUUUUUAAGACAGACGAGCUCAAUGACAUCCUCUCCACCAAUCAACGGCAAGCAGAAUUCUAAGGCAUGUCUGAUGAAUUCGUUAGCUGCAAGAAAAUUAAAGAUAGCGCGUUCAAGAAAUCUAUUAGCUUGAGGAUUAAGUGGUGGGCCCGUUAACGGAUAGUUUCCUUAACUCUCUGACAUUCAUCCUCAAAUUUACACUUUAAAAGUCAGUGCGACUAUGCUUCGCCAGCGUUCUUGGUUGACUGGAAUAUUUUUCGUGUGUUACUGCAUUCCUGGUUCGAGCGCGGGUCUUACUAUGCACAACAGCUUACUUAAUGGUCAUGUGUUUAAGACCUAUGUCGGUAUUGACUGGCUUUCAUGUGCUCAAGAGUGCGACAAAGAAGAUAUGUGCUUCUCCUACAACUUUUUUUCUUCUGGUGAAAUAUGCGAGUUAAACAACUCUGGCUUAAAAGACCCGUGCAACAAUGCCGAUAAUAGACUUACUAGGAACACUGGAUGGAUUUACCACGAAAUAGGUGCAUUACAGGAUAUGAAAAAGAGUGAGGAAUCUCGAGAAAUACCUGUGCAAAAUAUUACUGCAGUGUUUACUUGUGAUAAUGAGAUGGAAAUGNUUUUUAAUAAAACAAUUAUUCCACUCGCGCCUUCUGACAUUCAUCCUCAAAUUUACACUUUAAAAGUCAGUGCGACUAUGCUUCGCCAGCGUUCUUGGUUGACUGGAAUAUUUUUCGUGUGUUACUGCAUUCCUGGUUCGAGCGCGGGUCUUACUAUGCACAACAGCUUACUUAAUGGUCAUGUGUUUAAGACCUAUGUCGGUAUUGACUGGCUUUCAUGUGCUCAAGAGUGCGACAAAGAAGAUAUGUGCUUCUCCUACAACUUUUUUUCUUCUGGUGAAAUAUGCGAGUUAAACAACUCUGGCUUAAAAGACCCGUGCAACAAUGCCGAUAAUAGACUUACUAGGAACACUGGAUGGAUUUACCACGAAAUAGGUGCAUUACAGGAUAUGAAAAAGAGUGAGGAAUCUCGAGAAAUACCUGUGCAAAAUAUUACUGCAGUGUUUACUUGUGAUAAUGAGAUGGAAAUGUUUGCUGAUGGUGUGAGUCUUGGGAAGGACGACGAUUGGACAUCAUCAACGGAGUAUGUCAUACCAGGAAAUACCCGGGUUAUUUCUGUGUCGGGAGUAGACAAGGGCAGUCAGUUUGGAAUACUUGGCUCUUUAAGCAAUGGAAUGGUAACCAAUGCAAGCUGGAAAUGUCACACUUUUAAGUAUUCUGGAUGGAAAUCGCCGGAGUUUGAUGAUAGCAACUGGCCAGCGGCAGUUUAGGUUGCAAAUCACGGUGAUUGGCCCUGGCACAAUAGAGUUGGUAUAGCCUCGACUGCGAAGUGGAUAUGGGCAGCUGGCGAUCCGGAUAACGUUUAUUGUAGACUAAGGUUGCCGUGAAAGCUACCAGCAGCCGAAGGCCUUAUUAAUUUACCCACAAACUCCCGAGCUGAUGGUUCCUGCUAACAAGACAGAUCGUUAUAUCCUUCUGAGCCUACAUUGUCACUUUUUGUAGUCCCGCUGGGAAGUCGACUCUAAUCGCAGUCACACUACGAAGUCGACAACGAACGAGUGUAUUUGUAUUUUCAUGACGUUUUAUGACGAUUGCGCUGCCGAGCAACUGAACAGUUAUGAAGAGAGCCAGUAAACAAAAGUGUCCGUAAAGAGUACAUGUACCGACUUAGCUUCUUGACUAGUGCGGCAUAUUUUUUCAUUGACCAGUAAGCUAACAGUCCGGGCGAAACGACCGCAAUCCCUUGAAUGUAUUCCAUGUAGUCACAAACAAAAACUAAUGUUACACCCCUCCCCUCUCUAAAUGAAAUGCAGUUUUCACCCUGACACAAGAACUAAAACUCAAGAACACAUCACGUGAUGCACGUCAAAGAUGUAUAACUUCCUGUAGCAACCUUCCUUCGCUGGGGUAACAAAACGUACCAACUGCUUAGGGCAAAAAGAGCGACUAAAAACUUCUAAGAUGGAGGCUAAUUAAUACAAAGCGGUAGA